AGAGCUAUGCGAAGGGCUCGAUACAUUACAGUCAGUCUCCUCCCGGCUUGCAGGAAAUAACAUAACAGGUCAUCAUGAGGGAAAUCGUACAUCUGCAGGCCGGCCAGUGUGGCAACCAGAUCGGAGCCAAGUUUUGGGAAGUAAUUAGUGAUGAACAUGGCAUUGACCCAACUGGCACAUACCACGGUGACAGCGAUCUCCAGCUGGAAAGAAUAAAUGUGUACUACAAUGAAGCCACAGGUGGCAAAUAUGUUCCCCGUGCAAUUCUGGUGGAUCUGGAGCCCGGCACAAUGGACUCUGUGCGGUCUGGACCCUUUGGGCAGAUCUUCAGACCAGACAACUUUGUCUUCGGUCAGAGCGGUGCUGGAAACAACUGGGCGAAGGGUCACUACACAGAGGGAGCAGAACUGGUUGACUCAGUAUUGGAUGUUGUAAGGAAAGAAGCAGAAAGCUGUGACUGUCUCCAGGGCUUCCAGCUCACACACUCUCUGGGUGGUGGUACUGGCUCUGGUAUGGGUACCCUCCUUAUCAGCAAAAUCAGAGAAGAGUAUCCAGACAGAAUCAUGAACACUUUCAGCGUCGUGCCCUCCCCCAAAGUGUCCGAUACUGUAGUAGAGCCAUACAAUGCCACCCUGUCUGUGCACCAGCUUGUAGAAAACACAGAUGAGACCUACUGCAUAGACAAUGAAGCCCUGUACGAUAUCUGCUUCAGAACCCUAAAACUCACCACACCCACCUAUGGAGACUUGAACCAUCUGGUAUCGGCCACCAUGAGUGGAGUCACCACCUGUCUGCGUUUCCCUGGCCAGCUGAAUGCUGACUUGCGUAAACUGGCUGUCAACAUGGUUCCCUUCCCUCGUCUGCACUUCUUCAUGCCAGGCUUUGCCCCACUCACCAGCCGCGGUAGCCAGCAGUACCGGGCCUUAACUGUGCCUGAGCUGACCCAGCAAAUGUUUGAUGCCAAGAACAUGAUGGCUGCUUGUGACCCACGUCAUGGCCGCUAUCUGACUGUAGCUGCCGUGUUCAGAGGCCGUAUGUCUAUGAAAGAGGUGGAUGAGCAGAUGUUGAAUGUCCAGAACAAGAACAGCAGCUACUUUGUGGAAUGGAUCCCCAACAACGUGAAGACUGCAGUCUGUGACAUCCCACCAAGAGGCCUAAAGAUGUCUGCCACCUUCAUCGGUAACAGCACAGCCAUUCAGGAGCUGUUCAAGCGCAUCUCUGAGCAGUUCACAGCUAUGUUCCGCAGAAAGGCUUUCUUGCAUUGGUACACCGGGGAGGGCAUGGAUGAGAUGGAGUUCACUGAGGCAGAGAGCAACAUGAAUGACCUGGUGUCUGAAUACCAGCAGUACCAGGAUGCCACAGCAGAAGAGGAGGGAGAAUUCGAAGAGGAGGCUGAGGAAGAAGCUGCAUAGACCAAGACAAACCUUUCCUAAAUUAUUUUUACCUGUUCUGUUCAUUUUAAUGUUCUCUUUUGUCUCUGGUUGGCUGUAACUAUUAAAACUUUUAAUGGUUUCUGA